GCGGGGGCUGUGACCCGAUGUUGGAGUUUCAAUACUGGUUUUUAGAAUGCAGGACAGACUUUGGAGACCAUGGAGUUGGGGAGCCGCAGAGCCAGACCUUCAGGGAGCUAAGGGAUCAGACUGCGGCGGCGGAAUUCCUCAAGUCCUGACUGAAGCAUUUGAAGUAGCCUAUCUCCCAAUCCACUCCUCUUGCUUGCAGAGACCCCGUGGGUCAUCGCGCGCCUCAGCUGAAGCAUGGACUGCACUUUUCUGUCAUAAUCCCACUAUGUAUCUUUCUACCCAGUAACACUACAGACCUUAAUCUCUACAAAGGUUUUCUGUUCUCCUGAGUCCUGUGGAGCCCGGCCCACCGCUGCCAUGACGACUGCCAUCCUGGAACGCCUGAGCACCCUGUCUGUGAGCGGGCAGCAGCUGCGCCGUCUGCCCAAGAUUCUGGAAGAAGGGCUUCCCAAGAUGCCGUGCACUGUCCCAGAAACCGACGUGCCCCAGCUCUUCAGGGAGCCUUACAUCCACGCAGGCUACCGCCCCACGGGGCACGAGUGGCGCUACUACUUCUUCAGCCUCUUUCAGAAGCACAACGAGGUGGUCAACGUCUGGACCCACUUGCUGGCAGCCCUAGCCGUCCUGUUGCGAUUCUGGGCCUUUGCGGAGGCUGGGGCAUUGCAGUGGGCCUCUCCCCACACCCUACCCCUGCUCCUCUUCAUCCUAUCCUCCAUUACUUACCUCACCUGCAGCCUUUUGGCGCACCUUCUGCAAUCCAAGUCAGAGCUGUCGCACUACACCUUUUACUUUGUGGACUACGUCGGGGUCAGCGUCUACCAGUAUGGCAGCGCGCUGGCUCACUUUUUCUACAGCUCAGACCAGGCCUGGUACGAGCGGUUCUGGCUUUUCUUCCUGCCAGCAGCCGCUUUCUGUGGUUGGCUAUCCUGUGCUGGCUGUUGCUAUGCCAAGUAUCGCUACCGAAGGCCUUAUCCAGUUAUGCGGAAGAUCUGUCAAGUGGUACCGGCAGGGCUAGCCUUCAUCCUAGACAUCAGCCCCGUGGCCCACCGGGUGGCUCUCUGCCAUCUGGCUGGUUGCCAAGAGCAGGCAGCCUGGUACCACACCCUCCAGAUCCUCUUCUUCCUUGUCAGCGCCUACUUUUUCUCCUGCCCGGUACCCGAGAAGUACUUCCCUGGUUCCUGUGACAUUGUGGGCCAUGGACAUCAAAUCUUCCAUGCCUUCCUUUCCAUCUGCACGCUCUCCCAGCUGGAGGCCAUUCUUCUAGACUACCAGGGACGGCAUGAGAUCUUUCUGCAGCGCCACGGCCCCCUGUCCGUCUACACUGCCUGCCUCUCCUUUUUCUUUUUAGCUGCCUGCAGCGCGGCCACCGCCUCCCUCCUGAGACACAAAGUCAAGGCCAGACUGAUUAAGAAAGAUUCCUGAGGUCUGCCAAUGAGGAAAGGUGUAGAGAUACGCUACUGUGAUUUGGAGGAAACUUGACCCAAUAAUAGAAAUAGACCUUUUAUUUUUAAGGCUUGAUUUUUAAAUUAAUAUGUAUUAUAGGCUGGGGGUGAAACUCGAUUGGUAGAGAGUGCUACAUAGCAUGCAGGAAGCCCAGGGUUCGAUCCCCAGCACCACACAAACCAGUAGCAGCACUCAAAGGAGGUAGAGGCAGGAGGAUCAGAAGUUCUAGGGCAUCCUGGGAUACAUAGUGAGUUCAGGGCUAGCCUUUGAUACAAAAUACCUUGUUUAAAAAAAUUAUUACAUAAUUUUAAGGGCAUGGUAUGUCUAUAAAAUUUCAUAUGCAAGGCAUUUGGGAGUUUUAAAAAGGAAUAUCCAUUUUCUGUCUGGGUUGUAGCCUUGCAUGAGAAAGGAUCCCAGCUAAGAUUCAUAAGAUCCCAAACUAAAGAAAACCAUUCUCACCCAUGAACACUUAGAAGAAUUCUGGGUGUGGCUUCCAAAGCUGAGUCCUCAGCUGGAUGGAUAAGCAAAUUGGACUGCCAAGUGAAUGACGGGUGUUCUGCACCCUAAUAGAACAGCCACCCUAUGCUGCUGGUCUUGGUAACUGAGGAAACUGGCCCAUGGACUCUGAUCUUACUAGGAUUUCAGAGCGUCUAGGGUGGAAAUGUCAGAAUUUUCAAGAAGAUCCAUUGAAACCCUUAGACAGAAUGGAGUAUUCAAUUUAUCUGAUAUCUGGUCUCAUCCACUGAGACACUGGCCCCUUUCUCAGGAUAACCAACUAGCUGGCUGAUUUGCCUGAAGUACUAUUCCCAUCCCUAGUCUGCAUGGUAAUAUAAAGAAUUCCAAAGCUAUUACACUUCCAGGAAAUGCUUGGAGCCAUAUGAACAUUCAGGAAGCUGAUUUUUCAGGUCAUACAGAAACAUCAGAAAAUGCAACAGUGCCAAGAGCUACCAGGAGACCCAGCCAGCAAACAUGGAUACACUGUCUGUCUUUUGCCCAUGGGGACCUUCUAGUUUGUCUGUGUGCAGUGCAGUAUUAACUGUGAGCUAUUUAGGGUUGUCUUGCAGGCAGAUUAUCUGAAGGUUUGAACAGACUCUUCUAAAAUCUUGGCUCUAAAGUUGCUCGAAGGAUCUGAUUAUUUCAAGAGGAACCUAAGACCCAAGGUUCAAAUUUCUGUUAGAUGCUGGCCCAUGAAGGACCAACACAGCUACCCCAAUCUGGGGUCCACAAACAGGUAGUUCUGCCUCAAGUUGGAGAAGAAACCUUAAACAGGUCCUAGGACAGAUAAAUAUGUGCUCACUGUGGUUGGCCCCUGAAGGUCCUUUGAGUAAGAAUGAGGCACCUGAUGGCCAAAUGCACUGUUUGUAAUAUUGCUCUGUGCAGCCCCUGUGAGAUGGGCGGUGCUUGCAGCUGAUAGGUUCUGGCCACACAGCUCUCUCUGAGGAUUGAUUUCUGCAUUAAUCCAGUGAAGGAGGCUGUGGUCCAGGAAGAGCUGAGAUGCCCUCUCCUCACAGGCUGUGUUUCCUCUCAGUAUAAGGUCUCUCCGUACUAAAAAGGGAAGUGACCUGUCUCAACUCCAGCGUGAUGAAUCUCCUCCACUAUUAAGUUACUUGCUAGUCUUUAAACUUUUGUUGUUGUUGUUGUUUUAAUCUUUCUGUAAGAGAUUUGUGAGUUUUGUGCCUUAUUAUGGGAAUGUCUAAACAUUUUAUUUAAUAUAUGCCUCUGUGGAAUUUUAUGUUUUGGGUUAUUGAGACAAGAAGAAAAAAAAAA